UUUCACUCCACUGUUCGAAUUGCUGUCACAGGAAGUGAUGUGGCAGGGUUUGGCUGAAGCAUCACGUAUAAAAGCUGGCGAUUGUUUGGGUGAAGACAUCAUACAGGGCAUACAUUCCUGUUCAAAAUUUCAUCACCUGCUGUUCCAGGAGACGCAGCCAGCAGCUGAAAUCCAGUCUGAGAAGGCGUUCAGGGACUUCAGUAGCUGGAGCCAUGGCAGUCAGCUGGAUCAUUCUGUUCUAUGGCCUGGGACUGGCAGCAGCUAAGCUAACGGGUGAUACAGAAAUGGAUGUUGAUGAAGGUCGUGACUGGGACAUCUUUGACAUCAAUGAAGCGGCGGGGCUGGACCUGCUGGAGGGAGAUAUCGAACAGGAUGAUGCAUUCAGAAACUCCAUCAUAGAUGACAAGUAUCGCUGGCCAACAACCAUUCCCUACUACCUAGAGGACAGUCUGGAGAUCAAUGCAAAGGGAGUGAUCCUGAAGGCAUUUGACCAGUACAGACUGAAGACCUGCAUUGACUUCACACCAUGGAAAAAAGAGGAAAACUACAUCUCUGUGUAUAAAGGGAAGGGAUGUUCCUCCUUUGUGGGGAACCAGCGUAAGGGGAAGCAGCAGCUGUCCAUUGGUGAAAGGUGUGACACACUAGGAAUCGUUGAGCAUGAGUUUCUGCAUGCUCUGGGCUUCUGGCACGAGCAGUCCAGAGCUGACCGAGAUGAUUACGUCAACAUCAUAUGGGGAAACAUCAAAACUAAUCAUACACACAACUUCAAGAAAUACAAUGACACAGUGUCCAGUGCUCUUGGUGUUCCCUAUGACUACGGCUCUGUAAUGCACUACAGCAAGGAUGGCUUCAGCAAGAACUCUGAGCCCACCAUCGUCACCAAGAUCCCCCAGUUCAUGGAUGUGAUCGGUCAGAGGAUAGGGCUCAGUGCUAGUGACCUAACCAAGCUCAACCGUCUCUACAACUGCACCAAGUCUUCUACCUUUGUGGACAGCUGUGACUUUGAGGAGGACAACAUUUGUGGGAUGAUUCAGGGUCCCGGCAAUGCAAAGUGGGAACGACUCACUUGUGCUCGUGGAGGGCCUCAGACUGACUUCUCCAACAUGGGACAAUGCAAAGGAAAAGGCUACUUCAUGCACUUCAGCACAGCCUCUGCUAAAUCUGGUGCCUGUGCUCUACUGGAGAGUCGCUGGUUUUACCCCAAACCUGGAGCCCAGUGUCUGCAGUUCUUCCUCUAUAACAGCGGGGCAGCUGAUGAUGUUCUCACUAUCAAGGUGCGACAGUAUGACAUGGCCAACCCCAGCGGUAAACUGAAGUUCUUCAAGAGAAUUUCAGGAGGUGUUAUGGGCUCCUGGGAACUGCAUAACAUCAAUCUGGAUAUGACACAGAAGGCCCGUGUGGUUUUUGAGGGCGUGAGGGGAAAGAAAAGUUCAAAUGGAGGUUUCUCGCUGGAUGACAUUAACCUGUCAUCCACAAAGUGUCCUCAACACAUCUGGCACGUCCGCAACAUCAGCUGCCUGCUUGCCACCACGUCAGCACAAAACCCACUAUACAGCCCUCGCUUUCUGUCACCAGAAGGUUACUCCUUUCAGGUCAGUGUGUACAUGAACAGGAAAAGCGACCGUUCAGAGUACUUGGCCAUCUUCUUCCGCCUGACCUCAGGCCCUAAUGAUCACAAACUCAAGUGGCCAUGUCCAUGGCGACAGGCAACCAUCACCCUGAUGGAUCAGCAGUCUGACAUCAGACAGCAAAUGAACAUGCACCGCACGUUCACCACUGACCCCAACAUGAAGUCCUCUGAUGGCACUGAGUACUUUUGGGAUAAUCCCCAGAAGGUGGGGUCUCGAGUAAAUGAGUCUAAUGGCAGCUUUUACUAUCGAGGCCCAGGCUGGGGAUGGUCACAAUUCAUCGACCACAGCAGCCUAAAGAGCAGAAACUUCAUCAAAGGAGACGAUGCCUUCUUCCUCCUCAGUCUGGAAGAUAUCUCUCAUCUCCUGGUAUCUCAGCCUCUUCCCCGCUCUGCAGUCCAAGCUGACGCCGAUCUAAUGAUGGCUGCAGACCAAGGUGCUCCGCAGGGAGCAGGGAUGAGCAGGAGUAAUAGACAGCAGGAGAUCGAAAAGGUGCCGAUCAUACAAGACAUGUCCUGAUUCACAGAAUGGCAGACGUCCCACGAUUUACCAUCUCCUCUCACCACUCCAUGAUGUCCCGAUCAGAGAAAGCAAUCAGCACUAACAAGGCAAGAGAUCACAUUACUACAUGAUCUCUACAACCAUGGGCACCAAAUUAUAGUUAAAAGUGGAGGAGCGGAGGGUCUGGGGCUCCUCUCUAUGUCUAUUAUUUUACCAAGCCACUUUGCAUGAAACCACGCCCACUUCCGCAUGACGAAAAUGAGGAACUAGAUGUCAAGGCCUGAUGACUGGCUGCCAGCAUACUGCUAGUCAGUCCUCUGUGCGAUAUACCUGCAGCCCCUCUGAAUUAUUUCUCCCCAGAAUGUUUGUUGAUCCAGCGGGGAGUUGGGGGGCGGUCCAGUCACUGAAGGUCCAUGAAAUUCAUAGCGUGGAAAACACAAUAGGUUGGAAAAUAGCAACAUGGGUAGUUAAAGGGAAGCUUUGCUGAUUUUCAACCAGCUCUGUGUUAUCGCAGUGUGUGCAAGCAAAAGUUCGGUGGACCUCCACCAGCAAACGACCUUCCAGCGCUUAUAGCACAAUGGAGAGCCAAACACUUGGAGUUCCCCGCUGAACAUACUUCCUACACUGUGAUCACCGAGCUGGUUGGAAAUCAGCAAACUUUCCCUUUAACAGAUGUAACGACUUAACGUCAGCCAGCGACUGUCAGUAUAAAACAUGGACUGUACAAUAAAGAUGAACAUGACAGCUCCCCAGAAGUGAUCACCCCCUGGUGGCUGGAUGCAGUAUAGGUUAUAAACCCCGCUGCCUCAAUGUUUAGCAGAUGGGACAUGGGCCAAACUAAAAAAAUAAAAGUGCAACCCAAAUAAAUUUUUACCCAAAACCAUCUGUUAUUUUAGGUAGCUCUUAUAAUGUUCAAGUGUGGUGCUCAAAAGUGGUUUGACAUCAUGAUUGACAACUCUGUGGAGACUGCCACUGCGCAGACUCUGGCUUCAAAUGAUAUCACCAACAUGAAAUGGCAGCGGACGUAUCCAUGAUGUUUUGACUUUUUUUGUACGGAGGGAGUGGAGACACAUAGUCCAUCUUUUAAGACAGUCUAUGGUAAAAACAGACACAUGGAUACAUAAAGGAAAUAAAGGGACAAUGAAAGCUAACAUCCUGCCGCUAAGAAGAGGGAUGAGAGGGGUAGAGCUCCUUUGUGUUUUGGGGCAAAGGUGGCGUUCAAAGCCACUGAUGAACUCAAGCUGUGUUGUUUCAUACCCCGCCCAGCAUGCCACAGUGAGUGUUACUUGCAGCCAGUAAUCGGGCCUUGACGUCUGGCAGCCUGCUUUCGUCAUGCAGAAGUUUCAUUUAAAGUGAGUUGUUACAAUAACAGGCGCAUCCUCGGCCAGAAAAUUUUCUGCAUUCCAGUGAAUUUUUACACUCCAAAUUAUGGUGCAAAUGUGUUAAUUUCCUUAAAGAAAAACACGAAAUUCAGGUGAGAGGUGACAAUUCAAAAUUUCAAAACAUCAUGUCGUGUAAAGCAGUGGGGCUCUUACACAUUCUGAUUUGCUUGCAAAUAUUUACUCUCUUGCAGAUUAGCUUCUCAUUUAAUGUUGUCUCUGCUGAGUCACACACGUAGGCAUGAUUUACUUAGUCCUCCUUUGUGUCUUUUGCUUGUAGAAGUAUCCUCUUAAAAUGUGAAUGUGGCACCUAUUCACAUUAAUGAUACAUUUCAUCAGAAACACCUGGAUUUUAAUAGCUCAUCUGAGUUUCAGCAAGACUUCUGCUCAUGUUAACUUCAAACUGCAGACUGUCACCAAAGAGGCCGCUGUUUGUUUCACAUGUAAAUUUUAAGACAACCCAUCAUGUUUUUUUCUUAAUCUAACCAUGAGUGUUUGUUGCCUAAGCCGAAGGAAAUCAAACUAAGGACUAAGUAUUUUAUCUAUGUUGUAAGUACUUUUUUUCAAAGUAUGCAUUUAGAGAGCAGAAACUGCAUUUCCUGUAAAAACAAAGGUGUAUCUUGUGAAAGAAACAAUCGACAUGCUGUAUGUGAACAUCUAAAACAGACGCAGGAGGGUACCUAGCGCAACACACCUGCUCUGUGGGCCCAAUGAUGCAGAAGCUCCAGGUUAUUUUACGCAUUAAAGUCAAACAUCUUUGGCUUUAUUUAUAACAUUAAAAGGAAUGAAUGGGGCUCCACCACCAAUACUGUAUCCAGGUCUCUAUACAUCCAUGGUGAGAAUGUGUCUGUCACAGAAAAUCUCCUGUCGUGUGUCACGUGUGUGAAGGGUCACAUCCAGAUCUGAAUCUUUAAACAUAGUCUGAGUUCAUAUGAGAAAACAGCUUUGGUUAGGAUGGGAAAUGUAGUUUUUAAUUCAUACUGCAUCCACUUAUCCAAACUAGCUUGAAUGUUUAAAGAAAGCAAAGAUUGUUGAUCAAAAAGUAGGGAUGCAAAAACACACGUCUGCUCCCCCAAGUGUAAUAGUGGGGUGCAGCUGCUCAGCUUGCUCCAUUGCUCAGGCGACUCUGUCUACAGCAACUCCUUUUCAUUUAUAAUUUGAAAUAAAAAUCUUUAUGAA